AUGGCGGAUCUGGAAGCAGUUUUGGCAGAUGUCAGUUACCUGAUGGCCAUGGAAAAAUCAAAGUCUACGCCUGCUGCACGGGCUAGCAAAAAAAUUGUAUUACCAGACCCGAGGCUAGUUAAUGAUGUCAUGCAGAAACAUCUUGAGAAAACAGGGGAGGUCACAUUCGAUAAGAUCUUCAACCAGAAAUUAGGCUUUUUAUUAUUCAAAGAUUUCUGUGAGAAUGUUUGUGAGGAACCUAUUCCACAGAUAAAAUUCUAUGAAGAAGUAAAGAAAUUCGAGAACUUGGACACAGAUGAGGAGCGAAUAGAGGCAGGUAGAAAGAUCUACGACAACUUCAUAAUGAAAGAGUUACUAUCACAAUCUCACUCGUACUCGAAGGAAGCAAUUGAUCAGGCACUUGAGGCAUUGACUCUUGCUCAAAGAACUCAUAAACUGGCUGCUAAUAUAUUCGAGCCAUACUUGAACGAAAUCAAAGACAUGUUACGCGGAAGCCUCUUUGAGAAGUUUCUAGAAAGUGACAAGUACAUACGAUUUUGUCAGUGGAAAAACCUGGAAUUGAAUAUUCAGUUAACUAUGAAUGACUUCAGCGUUCAUCGAAUCAUCGGACGAGGUGGGUUCGGUGAAGUUUAUGGCUGUAGGAAAGCUGACACUGGAAAAAUGUAUGCAAUGAAAUGCCUGGACAAGAAGCGUAUAAAGAUGAAGCAGGGAGAGACGCUGUCGUUGAACGAACGCAACAUGCUGGCAUCCGUUAGCAUAGGGGUCAGCUGUCCUUUCAUAGUCUGCAUGACGUACGCAUUCCAAACUCCUGAAAAGCUCUGCUUCAUACUGGACCUGAUGAACGGCGGUGACCUUCACUACCACCUCUCACAGCAUGGCAUGUUCACUGAGUCUGAGGUGAGGUUCUACUGCUCUGAGAUUAUCCUCGGUCUCGAUCAUAUGCACAACCGAUUUGUUGUCUAUCGAGAUUUGAAGCCGGCCAACAUACUACUGGACGAGAAUGGACAUUUGCGGAUAUCUGACCUCGGACUGGCCUGUGAUUUUGGCAUGAAGAAACCACAUGCCAGCGUGGGCACGCAUGGUUACAUGGCCCCGGAGGUCUUGGCCAAGGGCAUGGCAUACGACUCUAGCGCUGAUUGGUUCUCACUCGGGUGUAUGAUAUACAAGUUGCUGAGAGGGCACAGUCCUUUCAGGCAACAUAAAACCAAAGAACGCUCUGAUAUUGACAGUUUGACAUUAAAUCUGGACUUGGAAUUCCCUGACUCAAUGUCGACUGAGAUGAAGAACCUCCUAGAAAACCUUCUAAAGAAGGAAGUACCGGAGAGAUUGGGCUGCAAGGGGAGGGGGGCUCAAGAAGUCAAAGAACAUCCGUUUUUCGCAGGCAUCGAUUGGCAACAAGUGUACCUGCAGAAGUAUCCGCCCCCUCUGAUACCCCCGCGAGGUGAGGUGAAUGCCGCCGAUGCAUUUGACAUCGGGUCGUUUGAUGAGGAAGAUACUAAGGGGAUAAAGAUAACAGAGGCAGACCAGGAGUUGUACAAAAACUUCAACCUAGUGGUAUCAGAGAGAUGGCAGCAGGAGAUUGCUGAGACUGUCUUCGACGCCAUCAACCAGGAUGCUGACAAGACAGAGAUGAAGAGGAAGCAGAGGCCAAAAGCCGAUGAGAAUGAUGAACAUUUCGGACCGACGGAUUGCAUAGUGGAGGGCGAGGUCCUAAAAUUAGGCGGCCCGACCGUUCUUCAAACAUGGCAGAAAAAACAUCUGAAACUUUAUCCCAAUCGAUUGGAGUUCUACCCCAAGAAUAGAGAUGGGCAGAUUGCCAAAGGAAAAGGUGUCGAGUUGAUACCAAUGACAGAUAUUCUAGAAGUUUCUCCAGAUUUCCAAAAGAUGAACAAAACAGAGAACUGCAUCGUCCUCUACAUGAAAAAUGAAUCCAAGAUCGCCAUCACAUCUCCGGACCGUGUUCUAAUCAACCAAUGGAAGGAUGAGAUGGUCAAUGGAUUCCGGCUGUCAUCGCAGAUUCUCGCCAACAUGAAUAAGAAGGUGUCGCUUGUUGUUGGUCGAUUGAUUGUGAUUGAUUGGUUGACUGACUAA